UAGUAAACCUAAAUUUUAUUUUAUUUCAUUAAUACAGCAAUAAUUAAAUGUCAAUGAUCUAAGCUGAUUUAAAUCUAAAAACUGGAUAAGAAGCUGUGGCUUGUAAUUAAAAAUAGACCUUUAUUCACUAGACGUACAGUUUGCUUUUUUCAAAUGUUAAGAAAAGUUUAAUAUCCUGCUUCUCUAUUUCAGUUCUAGGGGCACCACCAUCAGUUAACCCUAAAGAUUUCUGUGGGUGAAACCAUUUUGAUUACCAUCUUGCUCUGCUGCCAGUUAUGGGUCUUGCUCUGCCACACAGGCUGGAGUGCAAUGGCACAGUCAUAGCUCACUGCAACCUCAACCUUCCACAUCUGGAAGCUAGGAAUCCCAGUGAUGGCUCAGGAUUCUGGGAGCCACAGUCCCAUUUUUGCUGAACUCCUGGCCUCAAGAGAUCCUCCUGUGUCGGCCUCCCAAUGUGCCAGGAUUACGGCCAAGAGCCUUGAUCCAGGUGAAGCGUGUAAACCUUGCACAUGGAAUUCCCAGCAAAGAAGCUGUGGGGAUCAGGACAGGACCUGGGAAGUGACUGACUUACAGAAACCCGCCAUGUCUUGUUCUCUGCUGGAGACCUCUGCUUCUCCAUCUUGUGAACAUCCGCAGGCCCCCUGCACCGUAAUCUUGCCCUCUUACUGUUGACUCAGUCCUCAUGGAAGUUAUAAAACAACUUGUGUGGAUUAGCUUGCUAAAUACAUCCAAGAUUUGAAGAACUGAAAAAAAAAAUCAGUAUUAAACCUGCUUUUUAAAAAUGCACCCUUGCAGGGUAACAGUUAACACUUCAGUGAUCUGGAUGAGGCUACGAGAGAGAUCUGGGUUGGAAUUUGCCCCUGACAAAUAAGAAAAUGAUGAGUGAUUCAAGUGACAUGUCGGCUGCGGCAUUGGAGCAGAUGGAUGGUAUCAUAGCAGGUUCUAAGGCCCUGGAAUAUUCCAGUGGGAUUUUUGGUUGCCAAUCUCCCACCUCUCCAUCCAUGGGAAGUUUGUGAGCCCUGCACCUUGUGGAAGACCUGCAUGGAUUGUUAGAGAUGAUGGAAACAGAUGAGAAAGAAGACUUGAGAUGCCAGAUCCCAGAUUCAACAGUAGAAAUGCUUAUUGAAUGGUUUCAAAGUCAAAUGACAAAUGGACACCUACCUGGGAACAGAGAUGUGUUAACAGACCAGGUGGAGGAUGAGGGAGAGAAGAUUAGAGAUUUGGAGUUUUGUCUUGAAGAGCACAGAGAGAAGUUGAAUGCCACAGAAGAAAUGCUGCAGCAGGAGCUUCUAAGUAGGACAUCCUUAGAAACUCAGAAGUUGGAUCUGAUGGCUGAAAUAUAUAACUUGAAGUUGAAACUGACAGCUGUAGAGAAGGACAGACUGGAUUAUGAAGAUAAGUUCAGAGACACAGAGGAUGAACUGGCAUCUUUAAAAGAACAACUAGAAGAAAAGGAAUCUGAAGUAAAAAGGCUACAAGAAAAAUUGGUUUGCAAGAUGAAAGGAGAAGGGAUUGAAAUUGUUGAUAGAGGAGCCAAUAUCACCUGUAACAAACUUCAGAUGUGUCAUUUCUGGCAUCACUACACAUACUCAAUGAAAACAGUCAGCACAUUCAAGGAUGCUAGAAGCUACAAUCUCCAUCAGGUGCUACUGUCUUCCUGUCAGUCUGUGUCACCCCAGAACCAUCUCUGUUCUAAGCCAAGGUGUGGAAGAAGCCCUUCCCAUAAUUCUGCUAAGCUUUGUCUUGCAAUUUCAUGGUGUCUCCAUCAGACAUCCGAAUUGAGCCUUGAAGUGUGAGUAGGAGUUCAUCAGGUGAGGGGUAAAUGUAACACUUACAUUUUGCUAGAGUCUACCUCUCUCCCAGAUUGACUUCCUUUUCAUAGCUUUAUGAAAUCAGUUAUACCAAUUGAUGCUGGGGUUGCCUGCCUGCACCUCUAAUCUUGGUUGGGGCCGGAAACUCCCUGCUAUUGUAGCAGCAGCCUCACAUCACUGCCUCUGUCACCACCAACCACAGCUGGAGCAGGAGUAUGAACUGGAUACUGUAAAGGAAAUGCCUGUGUGACCACCACUGUGAGAACCUUAGCAUUUGAGAUGGACCUUGUGGCACUGCAGGCCACAGGCUCUUGCACAGUAUUUAUAAUCAGU